UUAAUGUGUCGUCCGGCUGCUUCCGGUAUGGGUCGUGUGCGAUGUGGCGUGUGUGCGGUGCUGACUGUUCGCUAAAUUAGCUGGCUGCAGCCAUUCAGGGACCUCUCUCACGGAGCGCCGGAGCCCUCAGUGCAAUAAAUAUGGCUGCAGAGCUCUCCACGUCCAUAAACAUCAAGGAGCCCCGUUGGGACCAGAGCACGUUUAUGGGCCGCGCUAAGCAUUUCUUCACCGUCACUGACCCACGGAACGUCCUCCUCACCAAUGAACAGUUAGAACGUGCGCACAAAAUCAUCACCGACUACAGAAAAGGCAUAGUCUCACCGGGGCUGACAGAAGAUGAAUUGUGGAGAGCCAAAUAUGUCUUUGACUCCGCUUUCCAUCCGGAUACCGGCGAGAAGAUGAUCCUGAUUGGCCGCAUGUCUGCGCAGGUUCCGAUGAACAUGACCAUCACUGGAUGCAUGAUGACAUUUUACAAGACCACGCCAGCUGUGUUGUUCUGGCAAUGGAUCAAUCAGUCUUUCAACGCAAUCGUGAACUACACUAACAGGAGCGGCGACGCUCCCAUCACGGUCAGUCAGCUUGGCACAGCGUAUGUAUCUGCCACCACAGGGGCAGUAGCCACCGCUCUAGGACUAAACGCACUAACAAAGCACGUCUCACCUCUGAUCGGACGCUUUGUUCCGUUUGCUGCUGUAGCUGCUGCGAACUGCAUCAACAUCCCACUGAUGAGGCAAAGGGAACUGAAACACGGCAUUCCCAUAACAGAUGAGAACGACAACAGGAUAGGAGAAUCGACCAAAGCGGCACAGCAGGCCAUCUCUCAGGUUGUAGUCUCAAGGAUCCUAAUGGCCUCUCCAGGAAUGGCCAUCCCACCCUUUCUAAUGAACCAUUUGGAGAAGAAGGCCUUUCUGAAGAGGUUCCCAUGGAUGAGUGCACCAAUUCAAGUCAGCCUGGUGGGAUUCUGCCUGGUGUUUGCAACUCCGCUGUGUUGUGCAUUGUUCCCCCAGAAGAGCUCUAUUUCGGUUAGUCGCCUGGAACCUGAGCUGCAAGAGAAGAUCCGGGCCAGCCAACCGGGCCUGGAGAGAGUCUACUUCAACAAGGGGCUAUGAGAGCAUCGCCCACCAGUGUCCAAACGCCGCCAUGACCAGGUCGAUGGUCCUCCUCAUUCAGUGUGCCAAAGUUAAGUUUGCAUCUGCUCAUUUCACACGGACACUCUUGCCUCUGUCAAUAGUGUGAAUUUUAUUUUAUUUAAAUGCCAUUUUUGUGUAUGUGCAGUAUUUUUUUAAAUAGUUUUUUCAUUUAAUUAAUCAAAUAUCUCUGGAGUUGUGCCAAAUCAACAUUACCUCUGAACAACCUCAACCUGCUGUUUCAUUACAUUCCCUCAAUAACUUUAUUUUUGCCAAAUGAGCGACCAUUCAAAAAGGCUUAUUUAUCUCCAGGGAACCAUUCUUUUUUAAUGGCGGCGACCAUUAAUGGAUCAACACGGUGCUAUCUCAAUACCCUCACGAUCCGUUUUCCUCAUUUUAUUUAUUGUGCUUGACACACAAGCACCAGCAACCACUCCUCACAACAUUCAGUAGCGCUUUUAUUCUUUUCAAUAUUCUGUAUUUCCUCAUAGUAUGGGAUAAUUUACCAAACUGCACCAGGCAUUAAUUAGGGAUGAGAGGUUUAUUCUGGUGACCUUUUAUUCGUACAAUGCAUUUUUGAAAUUAGAAUGUAUUUGUAAUAUUUAUUUAGGCAAAUAAAUGAUACACACAGUAAAUAUACAAUUCUCCAAGCCAAUAUACUAGCCCUUCUUGUUCUUUUCCAAUCCCUAAUUCAUGUCCGGUUAGUGUUCUUUCUUUACAGAUGCCAUCGGCUCUGUAUACAUGUCGAAAGUUCUUAAUCACGAUUGGUAUUUGCUUGUCCACCAUGCUGGAGAUCGAAGACUGAGUCAUGUUUGUGUUCGUUCGUUCUUUUUUUUUUUUUUUUUUUCCUGUAUAA